CGCUGCUCUGGACGCUUUUCAGAUCGACGUGCAGCUGAACAUCAUGUCCUUCCUCUCGCCCCAAGAUCUGUGCCAUUUGGGAAGCACGAGUUGUUACUGGAGGGCGGCUGUGCAAGAUCCGUUGUUGUGGAGGUAUUUUCUCCUGAGGGAUCUCCCCUUUUGGACAUCGGUUGAUUGGAAAUCACUCCCGGAUGUGGAGAUUUUUAAUAAACCCUUUUCAGAGGACAGCGAUAAUGCGCUGUACGAUUACAUGGCAGCAUACAAAAAAAGCUGCCCCCAGAGCAGAAGAAGUUUGAAAUCAAGCCGUCCCCGGUAUGGGGCUGUGACUUCCUUUUUGCAGUCACUGGUAACUCAGGCAGAACCCCGCUUUGCUAUGUUUGGGCCGGGUUUGGAAGAGCUGGAUGACUCUUUAGUGCAAAAGAUGAUGACAUGCCCAGAAAUUCUGCUAGUAGCUGGCCUACCUCAAAGACAAAUUCAUGGAAUUGGAUCAGGAGUCAGUUUUCAGUUUAACAACAAUCAAAAAUUCAAUAUACUGACAUUAUAUUCGACUACCAGUGUGGAAAGGAGGAGAGCAAGGGAAGAGCAAGCCGUGGCUGUGAAUAAGAUGUUCUACCAAGAGGACAGCGUAGUAGGGAAUCAGCAAGCCGUGCACUACAGCGUAAUAGCGCAAGUGAAAAAGGUGUGCGAAGUAGUUGAUGGAUUCAUUUAUGUUGCUAAUGCAGAAGCUCAUAAAAAGCCGGAUCGUCAAGAGGAACUGGCUCGUAUUUUGGCAAUGAUUGAUCCAUCCCUCGGGCCUCCGAACAGACCUCUGCUGAUUUUGUCUUGUGUCUCUCACACUGGUGUGAAAAGAAUUCCGUGUGUUUACAUGGCACAUCAGUUGCAACUAAAUCUGCUACAGCAGCCCUGGAUGGUACAGGACACUGUAGCUGCAACUUUAGCUGGAUUGCUGAAUGGAAUUGAGUGGCUUCUGGAAGAAGUGAAUCAUAAAAAUGCACAGUAA